AAGACCCGGAGUAUAAAGACACAAAAUGCUGGUGCCCCGCUGAUUCAUGACCAUCGAUGAACACCUAAAAGGAGAAAACAGUUUUUAUAAAUGACCUGUAUCCCAAUAAUAAUUAACCGAUCAGAACUCGAGAAGUGAUUGAAUAAGAGGAAUUUUCACAUCUUCAUAUGACAAGAGUUGUAAAAUCAUGGCAUGAAUAUGUUUAUUAUGUCCAAAGUUGGUGCGCUGAAGACUUCAUGAUCUACUUGGAGCGAUGAGUUUCGAUACCUUUCGACUGGAUGGCUUGCCGACCUAUUAUAACCCGAACCAAACACCUGUCACCGAAGACGUUCUCGUUGUUGGAUUCAUAUUUGCUUUCGUCAUCAUCGCCUUCUCUUUCUUUAUUCUCAUUCCAGGGAUUAGAGGCUGGCAGCGACUAUUCUUCUUUUGCCGGGUAACAAUAAGCCUCUUUAUUGGUGCGUCUCUAAUGCUAUCGAAUUUCGGCCAAUCUUGGGAAAUCUCAUUUAUUAGUAAUGUCACAACGGCUUAUCGAGCUGGCAGGUCAGGAGAUAUGCAAGCAGAUAUCGGGGUUAAUAUUGGAUUGCGAACGGUCAAUAUCACUCUCAAAGGAGUACCUGAAUUCCAAGAUGGUGAUUCGCCAGCCGCAGGAGAGAGAGUGAACUACAAUGAACGGUUUCACCUCGCUGGAUCGCAAGGGAGAAACGGAUUCGGAAGAUAUGCUGGACGAAUAAAUCGUGAUUUUCGUGAAGCCCAGUAUCGAGGGUUGCCGUAUCCCAUUCUCUGGAUUGCCGAAUAUUUCGUCUUGGAUGGUGAAGACAUCAGAUGGGGGCGCUCUUACCGACUGGCUGGAUUCUAUGCUGCCCUCUUAAUCUGGUUAUCAUUUCCAUUAUGGCUACUUACCAAUAUUCUCCUGACGAUGGGUACCCUAUCAGAAGGAUUUUCAAUGCUUCUCCUGACAGGUGGAUGCAUGCUUGGUGCUAACAUCAUGUAUGCAUCUAUCCGAUAUGGAUCACAACUCUAUAUCCCAUUCUCGGCUCAUCAUAUCUUGUAUUUCAGCUACGGUUGGUCGUUUUAUCUGUGCUUGGUGGCAGGUCUGGUAGCGGUGAUCCUUGCCUUAGGCUCUCACGUGCUUCACAUGUUCUUUCCCGGUGAACUGGAAGAAUUUUUCGGGUUGAAGGAAGAGUUCAAUAAAAACGGUCUUGAGUUCCAUGUUAGACCAAGAUCGGCAAAAACAUUAAAGGAAAACACUGUCAAACAUCUCGACAACAAUGAUAUAGGGAAGAAGCCGAGAAUGACCAGACGGAUGACAGUUUUUCGUGCAACAGCUCGACCCCAUGAAAAGGUUGCAUGGGAAUAAUUACACAUUUUCGACAUCAUCUUCGUGAUGGAAGUCCACGACUAUGUCAACACCGACCCCGUCACCGUUGAUGUACUGGUAAAUGCAUGCAUGUAGUCAUCAAAACAACAAGACUUUCAUGCACACUUCCAAAUGAUCAUCUGUGAAUCAUCCAAAUCAUCUCAAUAGUGAAUGUCAAUGAUUUAAUUGCUGCUUGAUGAGAAUGACGCGAUAGAUCUUAAAGGUCAAGUCCACCUCAGAAAAAUGUUGAUUUGAAUCAAUAGAGAAAAAUCAGACAAGC